AUGAGGGGAGAGUCCCGACCGAGGGAGAUGAGGUGGCAGGAGACGAGUGUGAGAACUGAGGAGGUGGGGCAGAAGGCGCAGGAGGGCUGGGCUGGGGUGGUUGAGAGGCAACUUGAGGAGAGGUGGAGGUACGAACCGCCGGAGGAGAAGUCGCGUGAUGUCCGCGUAGGAUAUCCGGUAACCUCCUUGAGUGCGGGGGAUGGUAAGGGAAUUGUGUCCAUACGAUAA